AUGACAAGAAUUGCACUCCUCGGCUCCACGGGCCAGGUGGGCCAUUCCAUCCUCAUGGCUCUUCUUACCACGACUUCCCAUGAGGUAGUUCAGCUCGUUCGACCGGCUUCCGAAUCUAAGGCAAAAUCUAUAAAUAUAUCUGCCGAGCAGAAGCAAAGACUCCGAACGGUGCCCGUGGAUCUCUUGGUCGCUGAUACAGAUGAGCUGGCUUCUACUCUGAACGGCGUGGAAGUGGUUGUUAGUGCAGUGAAUGGGAAAGCUCUCUCUGCUCAAGAGAAGGUCCAGACUGCUGCGGAAAAGGCCGGGGUGAGGAGAUUUUAUCCGAGCGAGUAUGGGAUGCACCAUGUUUACACGGGGGAAGAUGGGUAUGGAUAUGUGCACCCGGCAUGGAGCCUGAAGUCCAAGGCCAAUGGGAAAGUGCUCCGCCAUCCAGCUGUAGUAUCAGGAAAAAUGACCUACACCCUCAUCGGUUGCGGGGACCUCUACAAUCAAGACCGCGAAGCCCUCUGGUGUCCGUGGACGCAGCCCGAUCUUCUAUCGUACACGAUUCACAUCUUGGGCAACCCUGACACCAAGGUUGACUUCACUCAUAUGGGUGAUCUAGCCAAUUUCCUGGUCAAAACCAUAGAUCAUCCAGAAGUCUCGGAGAACAAAGAGCUGAAUUUCGUUAGCGACCAUAUCAGCUAUAACGAGAUUGUGGCACUAUGGGAGAAAUACUCCCGCAGGAAGGUGGAGAAGAGUAUAGUGCCAAUACAGGUUAUGCAUCGUGUUUUUCAGAACAAGGAAGACGUCCCGGAGCAUCUCAAUGCGAAGAGUGUGUUUUCUGAUGACUUCUGGAUUGUGGUGAAAGGAAUGCAAGGAUCAGGCGGAUUUUGGAGGCCGCCAGGGCAGGUGCAUAAUGAUUUGUUCCCUGAUAUGAAGACGAUGACGUUUGAGCGUACAAUGCAGCGUUACAUUUCGUUAGUCGUGUCGCUGUCAUUGCUUUCCGGGGCUGAUGCCCUGGUCCGGCCUGAUGGCGUGGGAAGACUACCCGCCUUGGGUUGGAAUUCCUGGAAUGCGUUUGCAUGCGACGUCGAUGCUUCCAAGAUCCUGACGGCCGCAGAAGAAACAAUAAACCUGGGCUUAAAAGAUGCAGGUUAUGAGUACAUCAACAUCGAUGAUUGCUGGUCAGUCAAAACUGGCCGAGAUCCCAAUACAAAACGUAUCAUUCCGGACACAGCCAAAUUUCCGGACGGAAUCGCAGGUGUCGCCUCUAAGAUCCAUGAUAUGGGUCUGAAGGUCGGCAUUUAUAGCAGUGCCGGCACGGAAACCUGCGCUGGCUAUCCUGCUAGUCUGGGAUAUGAGAAAAUAGACGCUGAGAGCUUUGCCGAAUGGGGCAUCGACUAUCUGAAAUACGAUAACUGCGGCGUACCUACGAACUGGACCGACAUGUAUACCCACUGUGUGCCAGACAACACCAAUGGGGCCAACUUCCCCAACGGCACUUGUCCAGAUAUAUCCAACCCAGCACCGGCGGAAUACGAUUGGAGCAGUUCCAAAACAGCUCAAAGAUACGACGCUAUGCGCGAUGCAUUGCUGGGUGUCAAUCGAACCAUUCUGUAUUCGUUGUGCGACUGGGGCCAGGCGGACGUGAACACAUGGGGUAACGCGACAGGUAACUCUUGGAGAACGACGGGGGAUAUUACACCCGACUGGAGCCGGAUUGUCGAGAUUGCCAACGAGAACUCGUUCCUCAUGAACUAUGCCGAUUUCUGGGGGCACCCAGAUCCGGACAUGCUGGAAGUCGGCAAUGGAAAUUUGACUCUGGAAGAGAACAGAGCCCAUUUUGCUCUCUGGGCAGCAAUGAAAUCGCCUCUUAUCAUUGGCACUCCUCUCGAUUCGAUCAAAGAGGAGCAUCUGGCCAUCCUCAAGAAUAAGCCCUUGCUGUCCUUCCAUCAAGAUCCGGUAAUCGGUCGCCCUGCGUAUCCUUACAAAUGGGGAUACAACCCGGACUGGACAUUCGAUCCAGCGCAUCCAGCGGAAUAUUGGUCCGGGCCAUCGUCGACUCUGGGCGGAACCCUGGUCUUGAUGUUCAACUCGGAAGACAGUGCCAAAAGCCGGACUGCCGUGUGGAGCGAGAUCCCGGAGCUGAGGGACUCCGCUGAGAAGGGCAGUGGAUACCUGGUAACUGACAUUUGGACGGGUGAAGAUCUGGGUUGUGUGAAGGACCAAUAUAACGUGGAGUUGCAGAGUCAUGAUAUUGCUGCUCUGGUGGUGGGAGAAUCAUGCUGA